AUGUAUAUUCAAAAAGGAGAUUUGCUAAAUAUUCAUCAAAGUGCUUCGAAACCUAGUCUAUUGUCAUCAUAUUGGUCGAUUCACGUUCAAGUCCAGAAUUCAGAUCGUCUUGAUGUUGAUGUGAAAAGUUGUUCGCAAUCAUCGCUGCCGGAUGCUUUCGAAGUCAAAUCGAAUUCUCUUCGAGGCACGAAAAGCCUGUCAGAUCUCGCCAUGGAAAUAACUCAGGAACGGACGUGUUUAUCGUCACGAAAUGUCGCAAUGGCAGUUGAUGAACCGACAGCUGCUGCUGCUGGUCCAGAUAAUCUAACAAAUCGUAUAACCGAAUGGCUUACGGCUAUUGAUAUACAGGAGCAUAAGCAAAACGUGUAA